AUGCACACUCCACAAACCCCAGCCUCAGCUGGCCAUUUAUCAGUGAUCGUGCUUGAGAUAACUCUUGUGGUAGCGUUAUGUGGAUACUUCUACUCCAAACGGAAGGGUCGUAAGCAGCCAUACAUACCAUACCGAUGGCCGCUAGCCCUAGAUCUUCUUAAGAAGAACUACGAAAUCUUGUUCAGCGAUCACACGCUCGAGGGUCUUACCCCCUACUUCGGUAUCGCGAAGACCUGCUGCAUCCACACAUUCGGCGUAACCGGAUACUUCACGACUGAUCCGGAAAAUGUGGAAGCCAUACUGUCGACUAAGUUCGAGGACUGGUGUCUCGGAAGCCGCCGCCUAGCAAGCCAUCCGUUGCUUGGUGAAGGCAUCUUCUCGCAAGAUGGACCUGCCUGGAAACGAUCUCGCGAGCUGAUUAGACAUCAGUUCGUGCGAGUUCAGAAGCAGACACUUCAAGCUUUCACUUCGCACGUAGAGGGCUUGUUGUCUGGCAUCUCAGAGGCCGCUGUUGACGGUCGCGUAGAUCUGAGACCACUCAUGUUCGAAUACACCCUCAAUACCACCACAGCACUCCUUUUCGGCGAACCCCACAGUAGCAUGCCGAAAGAGGCCGGUGACGCUGUCCGGGACAAUUUUGACAAAGCUUCCUUUGGGUGCGGAAUCCGUGUGAGGCUUGCCGACGCUGCUUUCCUCUACAACCCGCCAAAGUUUAGGAAGGCCUGCAAGGCUGUACGUGAUUGGGCAACUUUCUUCGCCUCGAAGGCUAUGAGCUACAAGGACGAACAUGGUGAAGAAGCCGCGGCGGAGAAGUAUCCCUUUAUCAUUGAGCUUUGGAAGGAGAUGCGAGAUUUCGACUUGGUUCGCGAUCAAUUGCUCCAUAUCCUAGUCGCUGGAAGGGACUCUACUGCUAGCUUGCUGUGCUGGACUUUUUUCCAUCUUGUUCGAAACCGUGACAUUCUAGAAAGGCUGCAGAGAGAGAUCUCCGUCGUUGCGAGCGAAGGACACGUCACACGUGAGCAGAUUCAGAAACUGCCCUUCCUCCGAUGCUGUUUCAAUGAAAUCUUGCGAUUGUACCCAACAUUGCCGCUGAACCUCCGCUUUACGAACAAAGCUACCGUGUUACCCCGAGGUGGAGGCCCGGAUGGCACCUCCCCCGUCCUCAUGCCUAAGGGCGCCGGAAUCGUCUGGUCGGUAUACCACCUACACCGCCUUGAGUCUAUCUAUGGUCAAGACGCAAGAGUGUUUCGACCGGAAAGGUGGGAGAGUGGCGAGUUGAUCAAGAAGGCUCGCCCAGGCGCUGGAUACGUCGACUUCAAUGGCGGCCCAAGACUUUGCCUAGGAAGUAAGUGA